CGCCGCCGGGAGAGGCUCGCCUCUCACGCCUGUACCGGAGGACCGCGCCCGCAGUAGCUGGGAAGCAGGUCCGGGUUGCCGGGCCGGAAUGUACCCUCCCCCCGCCUCCCCCCGCCAACUUUCGGCUGCUGCGACGGAAGCAGGAACUUGCGAACCACAAACCAGCUGGACCGGGUGGGAGCUGCGGAGCAUCCCCUGCUGUGCACACCGAGACCCUCGCGCGGAGUCGCCGCUGCUUCCCCGCAAGCGCGUGGGAGCCGUCCACGCACGGGUGGACCCAGAGGCUCCGGGGUCCCCUCGCCGCCAGAGAGAAAUUCCAUCAUCCGUGCAAUCUUCUUGAUGCAAACUAAGACCAAAGGAAGGGUUAUCCUUGACCUUUGAGGACUUUAAUAGUGAAAUUUAAAAUGUUCUUCAGGGAAGAAUGGCGCUUGACCUACACUUUUAUAAUCAUUGGUUUCCUGACAGUCAGGCUGUCUGCCAGUCAUAAUUGUCCUACCCAGAGUCUAGAAGAUGUUGUCAUUGACAUCCAGUCAUCUCUUACUAAGGGGAUCAGAGGCAAUGAGCCCAUACAUACAUUAACUCAAGAAGACUGCAUUAAUUCUUGCUGUUCGACAAAAAACAUAUCAGGGGACAAAGCGUGUAACUUGAUGAUCUUCGACACUCGAAAAACAACUAGACAACCCAACUGCUACCUGUUUUUCUGUCCCAGCGAGGAAGCCUGUCCACUGAAACCAGCAAAGGGUCUUAUGACUUACAGGAUAAUUAGAGAGAGAGGAAGGGAGAGGGAGAGAAACAUCAAUCAUCCAACAGGUUAUUCAAAGCCCACAGGUACCUUAUGGAGAGAUACAUUUUCUCAGAAGCUCGGAGCCUCAGAUCACGUGGAGAAACUACUCAAGAUUGGUCCAGUGAGUACACCGUCCCCUGUUUAUCAAGAAAAAGGGCAUUCUCAGAGUCCCCAGUUUUCUUCAGGACAAAGAAUAGGUCAUCUGCUGCCUGAAAAUGUGACGACAGUCCCCACUACAGUAGCUGCUGCUGCUCUACAUACCGUCUCCGCCUCUCCAGAGCCCCGGUCUCUCUUCCCCAGCCGUGCUCCAGCCAUACCGUCUGUGUCUUCCCAACCACAGGCGGCCACCACGGCUCCGCCUGCAGCGACAGUCGCGUCUCAGCCUCCCGCCGUCAUCUCUACCAUUUUGACACGUGCAGUGGUUACACCUGAAGCUCACAUGACUACCACAGCAGUUCCAACCACCAUCUUUCAGGCACCUACAGACUUGAAAGGCCCACCAGAAACGGUGCCCUUUAGAGAAAUUUCCAACCUAACUGUGACCACAGAGCAGGCCCCUAACCCUGCUGCAGGUCUUUUGCCAAAUGCGGGUUCUCCCGCUAUGAAGAAAACGGCUCCCCAGGAAAAUGAAAAGACCAGUUUAGGCGGCUCCUCCCAGCGCGGUGUUUCAGAAAGUCAGCCCGGCCUCCCAUACGAAAAGUGGCUCCUCAUUGGGACCCUGCUCUUUGGCGUUCUGUUCCUCACAAUAGGCCUUGUCCUCUUGGGCAGAAUGCUCUUGGAAUCCCUCCGUAGGAAACGUUACUCGAGACUUGAUUAUUUGAUCAAUGGGAUCUAUGUUGACAUCUAAGAACAAAACUACAUGUCUCUUAAUUCAUGUGGUUCCUAGUAGCCCAAAUGCAAUGAGUUUCUACUAACUCGCUGAUCUUAGGAUUUUUGAAGGUAUUUUAAAGGAGGUCAAGAGCCACCUACCACUUUCUUUUUUAAGGGGGGAAAGAAAGCAAAUUAGGUGAUUGGAGUGAUCUGUCUCUAAAAUAUUAGCUGAAAACAAAGCUUUACCUAAAGGAAUAAUGUAUAAUUGCCAUAUAAAUUUGAAAAAUGACUAUUUUUUUUUGUUUGUUUUUGAGGGAAGGGGGGAGAAAAUGGUUAGGACUUCUAGGCUCCAAUUUAAUAUUUUUAAUUCCAGAUAAAGUCAUCUACUUAUGAUAUUAAUGCUAAUGGAUUUACUUUCUUUUUAUAUGUAUACCAAUGAAACUUAUUCCAGAUGUAUUUCCCUCCAAUGAAAUAUUUGAAUAAAUCUUUUGUUACUCAGUAA